AUGCAUGAGAUUACGGUGGCCAUAGCCGCAAAGUAUAUUCCCCUGGUCGCCGUUGACGGGCUUGGGGAGAACUGCAGGCUCAUCGUUGAGGCAUAUAGGCCAGGACUAGACUUUACUGUUAUAUCGCACGUCGUGGCAGGUGCCUUGGGCAACGCAGCCGAUAACAAACUGCCCGUCUGUCAAAUUGCCGCCAUCCAGGAAAUUUUAUCCCAGCUGCCUCACUCCCAAGACCUUCCCCUGGAUCGAAAAUGGUUCUGGAUAGACACGUUGUGCGUGCCGUUGGCGUACCUGCAUCGACCAGACACCCGAAAAGCCGUUGCAAGAUCCAUAGAGUCCAUAUCCCGGUGCGCCAAGUGGACCGUCGUCAUCGACGCCGAUCACUCCCUACUGUCGUCUACUUCAGACUUCAAGGAGCUUUUUAUCCGGAUGGCGUAUUCUAGUUGGUCGAGUCGCCUCUGGACCUUUCAGGAAGCUGUGUACGCACGCCAUCUGAUCUUUCACCUAUCCGACCAGAACAUCGAACUUAAUGCUUUAAUGGAGAAAUACGGGAGCCGGGCUGCAGACUGGGAGUCGGCGUGGUGCUUUCGUCUGCCUUAUCGGCAGUGGCGGCAAUAUCUAAACUCCGAGACGAGACUUGGUCUCAGCAAGAGCGAUGAGCACCUUCAGUUUUUAUGCGAAGCGCUGGAAGGCAGGGUAACUAGCAAUGAGGCCGACGAGCCUUUGAUACUCGCGAGUCUUCUAGGUGUCGACCCUGAUGACGCGGAAAGCGGGUUGGAGGGCUCCUAA